UCCUGCAGGUUCUGAGAAGGUUCUUCUCGUAUCGUGGUUACCCGAAAGUUCUAAUCUCCGAUAAUGGUUCACAAAUGGUGGGAGCGGAACAUGAAUUGCGCCUUAUGAUAGAAGGAUGGGAUAACAACAAGCUCAAAGAAUUCUGUGCCGACCGAGGUAUGAAGUGGCAAUUCACCACACCCGAUGCCCCACACCAGAACGGAUGUUCAGAGGCUAUGGUGAAGACCGUAAAGAGAGCACUCAAGAAAGCCAUUGGAGAAGCUGUGCUUACCCCAUUUGAGCUCUACAGCUGUCUCCUCGAAGUAGCAAAUUUGGUCAAUCAGAGACCCAGUGGCAAAAUACCAAAUGAUCCUGAUGAUGGUGCGUAUCUCUGCCCAAGCGACAUCCUGUUAGGAAGAGCAACCAAUACCGUUCCUCAGGGCCCAUUCCUUCAUACGGAAAAUCCCCGCCAUCGGUUUGAAUUCUGCCAGAAGAUCGUGUAAGAAAUGGUCCCGAGAUGUCUUGCCGAAUCUUGUACCAAGAAAGAAAUGGAAAGCCGAAAGGAGAAACGUAGCAGUUAACGACCUCGUUAUUAUGGCAGAUUCCA